AUGAUGGAUGUGAAGGAAAUUCAAACUGAAAUAUACAAUUAUGAGGAUUUGAAUUUUGUAGCUUACAUGGAGAUGACAAUCACCUUGAAAGGUCAAGAUCAGUUAUUGAACAGAUUGUUGGAAGCCUUUACAAUCAUCGACUUAUCCUCCAAUAAAUUCUCUGCGACUAUUCCACAUUCCAUAGGUGAUCUUAAUUCUUUGAGAUACUUGAAUUUGUCCCAUAAUAAUUUCAUGGGACACAUACCUGCAUCUCUUGGAAAUAUAAGUGUGCUUGAAUCAUUGGACUUGUCAUCGAACAAAUUGGAUGGAGGAAUUCCAAGUGAAUUGACGAGGUUGACAUUUCUUGAGAAAUUAAACCUUUCAAUGAAUGAUCUCGUGGGGCAAAUACCACAAUCUAACCAGUUCUCCACCUUUGAUAACGAUUCAUACGUGGGAAACUUGAGAUUAUGUGGAGUUCCAUUGACGAGAAAAUGCAACGAGGAGAAUGGGCAGCUGAUCGGGCCAGAAGAAGAAGAUGAUGAAGAAGAAGAGUAUGGAUUUAUAGAUGGAUUUGGAUGGAGAAGUGUGGUGAUGGGAUAUGGAAGUGGAUUCAUAGUUGGAAUUGGAAUUGGUUACAUUAUUAUUAGAAAUGGAAGGCCAAGUUGGUUAGUAGAAUUCUUUUUUGGCGUUGGAUAUAAUAAGAAGAAAAAGAGACUCAAUUGA